AUGGGCCUACCAGAAGUGCCGACAGUCUUCAUGAAACCUGCGACUUCGCUCGCCGAUCCUUACCCAUCGCCGACUAUCAUCCCCAAAUCCACUCUGCAAGACGACUGCUGCGACUACGAGUCUGAACUAGUCAUCGUCAUUGGCAAGAAAUGCAAAGAUGUAUCGGAAGCUGAAGCACUAGAUUAUGUUCUAGGAUACACAGCGGCCAACGAUGUCAGCAGCAGGACUGCUCAGCUCGCUCAAACUCAGUGGAGUUACAGCAAGGGCUUUGAUGGUGCCUGUCCCAUUGGUCCGGUGAUCGUGUCGAAGCAAUUGGUUCCUGAUCCCGCUUGGCUCAAAUUGAGGGGAUUGAAAAAUGGCAAAGUGAUGCAGGAUUGUGGGAUUGAUGAUCUAAUAUUCUCAGUCCCAAGGAUUGUGUCUUUUCUCUCGCAAGGAACCACACUUCCACCUGGCACUAUCAUCUUAACAGGCACACCUGCGGGCAUUGGCUUUUCCUUCUCGCCAAAAGAAUAUCUGAGGGGAGGAGACGAGUUCGCAGUUGAGAUCUCACCUUAUAUUGGGACGUUGAGUACAAAAUUCGAGGCAGAAAAGUAG